GGGUGGGGUGACCGUGAGCUCCUGGCGGACCAGGACGGGGACGCCACUCCACGGUAACCCCGCGGACCACCCCAGAGCCCCAAAGAAUCCCACGAGACCCCCCGGAUCCCUGCGACCCCUGCCUGACCCCCCUGAAUCCCCCCUGGACUCCCCCUGAACCCCUCCAGAGCCCCCCGGACCCACCAGGCAGGAGAGUGUCUGCCCCCACCGUGCCCUGGGUCCCCCCGUGGCCAGGACGGAACCGGAGGAGAUGGAAGCACCGGAAUGCACCGGCUCAGCAUGGCUGGUGGUCCCCAAGGCGGAGGUGACCCCCGAGGACAACAGGGAUGAUCCAGGGGACCCAGAGCUCCACGACUCAGGGCAGUGGCUGGUGCGGAAGGUGAAGGUGGAGGAGGAGGACGAGGCCGAGGCCUGGGCAGCCGCAGCCGGAGCCGGGGCCCCGCUGGCUCCGCAGCCCCUGCCCGGCGCCUUCCCCCCGGACCCCGCGGGGACACCGGGGCUCGCCGGCGCCUGCAAAGCGGAGGAGCCGUGCCCGGAGGAGCUGGGAUACGGGGCGCUGCCGGGCUGGGGGCCGGAGCCGCGCCUGGACGGCCUCGGGAUCGCCUUCGGGAUCGGCGCGGGCGCGGGGACGAGCCCCGGCCCCGCCGGGUCUGGGCGCUGCCCGCAGCCCGGCCCGCGGCCCUUCUGCUGCCCGCAGUGCGGGAAGGCCUUCGGGAAGAAGGCGCACCUGACGCGGCACCUGCGGGUGCACACGGGCGAGCGGCCCUUCCCCUGCCCGCACUGCGGCCGCCGCUUCCGGCAGCGCAUCCACCUGCGCUCCCACCUGCGCACGCACACCGGCGAGCGGCCCUACCCCUGCCCGCGCUGCGCCCGCCGCUUCCGCAAGAAAACCCACCUGGACCGGCACCUGCGCACGCACACCGGCGAGCGCCCGCACCCCUGCCCGCGCUGCGCCCGCCGCUUCGCCCACCGCCAGCACCUCCUGCGGCACCUGCGCCUGCACGGGGACCCCGCGCCGGGGCACGGACGCCGCGACGGGCACGGGGACGGGCACGGCCCUGCCGAGGAGAAGGCGCUGCCCUGCCCGGGCUGCGAGGUCAGCCUCACCUGGAAGGAGAACCCGGCGUCGCAGCUGGGGCUGCACACGGGACCGGUGCCGGGAGCUGGGAAUGGACACCUGGAUGAGCAGCGGGACGGGGACGGGGAGGUCCCUGCCGAGGAGAAGCUGCUCAUUUGCUCCCAGUGCGGGACCAGCCGCACCUGGAAGCAGAACUCGUCGCCGCACCUGUGGCAGCACCUGGAGAACCAAGCCCUCGGCUGUGCCCAGGACCCCCAGCACCCCCUGCAGCCCCCACAGGAGCCCGGAGCCCAGGACCACCAGCACCAGCCACAGGUGCCCAGUGCCAAAAGCGGCCAGGGCUGCGCCCAGGACCCCCAGGACCCCCCGCAGGUGCCCACGGCCGAGCGCCCCUUCGUGCAGGACCCCCAGCUCCUGUCACAGGUGCCCGGUGCCAACUGCAGCCACGGCCGCGCCCAGGACCCCCCGCCCCUCCUGCAGCCCCGGCAAGUGCCCAGUGCCCAGGACCACCAGCACCGGCCACAGGUGCCCAGUGCCAAAAGCGACCAGGACUGCGCCCAGGACCCCCCGCAGGUGCCCCCUGCCCAGCGCCCCUUCACCUGCCCACAGUGCGGGCGCGGCUUCGGGCGCAAGGCGCACCUGGCGCGGCACCUGCUGGUGCACUCGGGCACCCGGCCCCACGCCUGCGCCCCGCUGCGGCCGCCGCUUCAGCUCCAAGACCAACCUGGGCCGGCACCAGGCCGUGCACACGGGGCUGCGGCCCCACCGCUGCGCCCGCUGCGGCCGGGGCUUCACCCGCAAAACCCACCUGGAGCGCCACGAGCGCACCCACGGCACCGGCACCGGGACGGGCACGGGCACGGGCACGGGCACCACCGGGGAUGCGGGGAUGGGCGCAGCCACCGCUGCCACUGGCACCGGCAUCACUGGCUCCCAGCUGAGCUGGCCAGAGCCCCCCACCCUCUGCCCCUGAACGCCGGAGGUGCCGGGGGCUCCGGUGGGUGCCGAUGGCGGAUCCUUGGCACUGCGGUGUCAGGAUGUGCUGGGGGCGGCUGCCGGUGCUGCAUCCCUGGCUCCCUGCACCGGGGAGUGCUGGAUGUGCCCGUGCCCGCAGCGGCGCCGGUGGUGACCCCUCAGCCCUGGGAUGUGCCGGAAGGCGCCAGGAUGCGCCGGAGCCGCAUCCUGAGCACCGGGAUGUUCCCCCCAGACAUGACCCCCGCGUGUCCCCUGGCCACGCCGAUGCCCUUUGGGUCCUACGCGUGUCCCCGCACCCCAGGCCACCCCACAGCCAGCGUGUCCUUCCAGAGCCGUUCCCCAGUGGCACCCGCAGCCCCUUUCCCUGCUCAGGACCCCCCACGGGAUGGAGGGGCGUGGGGAGGCGGAGGUGACACCCCCAGCCGCGCCCCACACCUUGUGCUCCUCACCCCCGUGACACGUGUGCCCUGUGUGUCCCCGUGCCCCACCCGCACUCCGCAGCGUCCCCGCACCCCAGGGCACCCCACGGGCCGCCCCGGGGGGUCCCCGGUGCCGCCACGACCCCUUUGUCCCCCCCAGGACCUCCCCGCAGGGAUGGAAGGGCGCGGGGAGGAGGCGCCGGAGCCGGAGGUGUCGGAGCCAUCGGAGGAGGAGGAGGAGGAGGAGGCGGAGGAGGAGGAUGAAGGCUCCGGGGUGCGGGUGACGCCGGCACUGCUCAAGGCCACCACGGGCGAGUUCUCGCUGGAGUCCAUCCUGCUGCUGCGGCUGCGCGGCCGCGGCAUCGCCCACCUGGGCUGCCUGGCCGACUGCUCCAACCUGGAGUGGCUGGACCUGUCCGGCAACGCCAUCGCGGGGCUGGCGCCGCUGGCCGCGCUGCGCGCCCUGGCCGUGCUCAACCUGGCGGGCAACCGCGUGGCCAGCGUGGAGCCGCUGCGCGGCUGCCACAGCCUGCGCCAGCUCAACCUGGCCGGGAACCGCCUGCGCAGCCUGCGCCAGCUGCGCUGCCUGCAGGGCCUGCGGCACCUGGAGAGCCUGCGCCUGCGGGACCCGCUGGGCAACCUGGGCAACCCGCUGUGCGCCGCGCCCGCCUACCGCGCCGCGCUGGCCGCCAUGCUGCCCGGCCUCAAGGCCAUCGACGGGCAGCGCGUGGCCGGCCGCGGCAGCGAGCUCUUCCGCCUGUGCCGCGAGCUGGACGCCGCGCUGGACGGCGAGGACGCGCCCGCCGCCGCCGCCGCGCCCGCGGAGCCGCCGCAGCCCUGGGUGCAGGCCGGCUUCUGGGAGGCGCGGCCCGCGCGCCGCAGCGCCGUGCUGGAGGAGGCCACGCGGCAGCUGGGCCAGGCCCUGCGCGAGUGCCGCGAGCUCGGCCGCCGCGCCGACGACUCCAUCGCCCAGGCCCAGCGCGCGCUCGGCCGCCGCCACCACGCCCAGAAACGGAUCCAGGAAAAGCCCCAGAGGCCACACUGCCACCGUGAGACCCCCAGAGCCGCCACCAACCUGUCUCCUUCCUCCUCUGAGCCGUGGGACCCCCACACUGGAGCCUGGGCUGGCAGCCCCCGGGAGAAGGCGAACAUUCCGGGCAGGUACGGCGUGUCCCCCCCUUUCCCGGCCUCCUCCACCGCCCGGCACUCGGCUUCGUCCCGCUGCCGGAUCUCCUGCGGGCACAGCAGGGGCUGGCACCGGAGGAAAUGCACGUUGCUGCGCCCGUGGAAAUAUUCCAGCACAUCCCGCACCACGCGCCGCUGGAGCGGGGACUGGCCCGCGGCCUCCGCGGCCACCGCGGCCACCCCCAGGGCCAGCGGCAGCCACAGGGACACCGGGAGCCUCAUCCCGCCGGGAACGGCCUCACGGAUCCACGGGCCGCUGGCGUCGGGCUGGCAUGAGCCGAUUUCCUGGGAUCUGCCCCCAAAUCCGCCCCCGGGACGGCCCCGCGGUCCUCCGGGAACGGGCUCCUGUCCCCGGGAAUGGGCUCCUGCCACCGGGAACGGGCUCCUGUCCCCGGGAACGGGCUGUAGUCCUCCGGGAACGGGCUCCUGCCCCCGGGAACGGGCUCCUGCCCCCGGGAACGGGCUGCAGUCCUCCGGGAAUGGGCUCCUGCCACCGGGAACGGGCUCCUGCCACCGGGAACGGGCUGUAGUCCUCCGGGAACGGGCUCCUGCCCCCGGGAACGGGCUCCUGCCCCCGGGAACGGGCUGCAGUCCUCCGGGAAUGGGCUCCUGCCCCCGGGAACGGGCUCCUGCCACCGGGAACGGGCUGCAGUCCUCCGGGAACGGGCUCCUGCCCCCGGGAAUGGGUGAUUCCACGCCAGGGCUCCUCCCGAGCCCCAGGGCUAUUCCUGUCUGCCAAGGCGAGGCUGUGCCGGGGCUGUUCCCGGCUCCCGGGGCUAUUCCCAACUCCCGGGGCUAUUCCCGGCUCCCGGGGCUAUUCCCAACUCCCGGGGCUAUUCCCAGUUCCCGGGGCUAUUCCCAAUUCCCGGGGCUGUUCCCGACUCCCGGGGCUAUUCCCGGUUCUCCAGGCGUUGCUGUACCGGGGCCGUUCCCGGCUCCCGGGGCCGUUCCCGGCUGGACAGGCCGGUGCCCUGCCGGGGCCAUUCCCCGCUCCCGGCUGCCGCUCCCAUCCCAUCCCAUCCCAUCCCAUCCCAUCCCAUCCCAUCCCAUCCCAUCCCAUCCCAUCCCAUCCCGAACUACAACUCCCAGCGCUCCCCAGCUCUCGCCGUUCACAGCCGGAUCCGGCCCCGCUCGGCGCCUUCCGCACCCCAAAUUCCGGGGGGAGGAGGAGGAGGAGGAGGAGGAGGACGGGGGGGCCGAGGCCGCCGGAGCCGCUCCGGGACUGCCGCGCUCCUCCGGCCUGGUUCCCGCUGUCCUUCCCGCCCCAUCCCCGCUCCCGUUCCCGCUCCCGUUCCCGCUCCCGCUCACGUUCCGGCUCUCCCGCUCUCCCAGGACCCCGCCGCGGCCAUUUGAGGGACUCGGUGGCGGAAGGAGACCAGGAAAAGGCUGGGCAGCGGCCGGGAAAGAGCCGGGAAGCGGCUGGGAAAGAGCCCUCGAGGAGACCGGGAGGGGCCGGGAAGGGCCCGGGGCAGCGAUGUCGGCGGGGGGAGCGCCCCAGCCCGCCCACGCCCUGGAUCUGCUGCCGUAUUCCCGGCUGAGCCCGGCGCCGCCGCGGGCCGGAUCCCAGCUGGAUGCCGUCGGCGCCGAGAUCCCCUCGGAUCCCUGCACAGGGUACCGGUUCUUUAAGCCGGGGGGUUUGUUCGGGAUGAAGCCGCCGGAGGAGCCGUUCGGAGCUGCGCGGACGGGCCCGGAGGAGUCCAAGGCCCUGGGCAGCCCCUGCGCUGUGGAGCCCGGGCGGGUGAGCAAGGUGGAACCCGAGGAGAAGCCCGGGAUUGGCGCCGGCUCCCUGGAGCUGUUUCCGGCCGCGGGCGGCAGCUCCGGCCGCUGGUUCCCCGGCGGGCAGCGCGGCCCCGAGCCCCCCCGGGACCCCCCUGCCCCCCGCGCCGGCUGCUGGGGGGCCCAGGGGGGCGUCCCCGGCCCCUUCCGCUGCGCCCAGUGCGGGAAGGGCUUCCGGCAGAAGCAGAGCCUGGUGACGCACGAGCGCAUCCACACCGGGGAGAAGCCGUUCCGCUGCGGGGACUGCGGCAAGAGCUUCAGCCAGCGGCCCAACCUGCUGACGCACCGGCGCGUGCACACGGGCGAGCGGCCCUUCCCCUGCGCCCAGUGCGGCAAGAGCUUCUCGCAGAAGGCCAACCUGCUGGCGCACCAGCGCAUCCACGGCGCCCACCCCGAGGAGGGCAAGGCGCGGGCGCGGGCGCCGGCGCGGGGCUGCCCCGAGGACGCGCCCUUCGUGUGCCCCGAGUGCGGGAAGAGCUUCCGGCAGAAGCCCAACCUCAUCACGCACCGGCGCAUCCACACGGGCGAGCGGCCCUUCUCCUGCUUCCUGUGCGGCCGCAGCUUCAACCAGAAAACCAACCUGGUGACGCACUACCGGGUGCACACAGGUGAGCGGCCCUUCGCCUGCGCCCAGUGCGGCAAGCGCUUCACCCAGAAAACCAACCUGGUCACGCACCAGAGCACCCACACCGACCUGCGCCCCUUCCCCUGCGCCCAGUGCCACAAGUGCUUCAAGGACAAGGUGUCCCUCAAGGCCCACCAGAAGACGCACAUCCCCCGCCAGCGCCGCUGCCCCGCGCGCGGCCCGGCCCCCGCCGCGCCCUUCGGGGCCGCGCCCGCCCUGCUGCCCCCCGCGCCCGCCCCGCAGGACCCCGCCCCUUUUGCCCCGCUCCCGCCCGCCCCGAAGCUCCCCGAGGGCGCCGAGCUGUUCCCGUGCCCCGAGAAGGGCUUCCCCCCCCCGCCCCCGGGCGAGCCCCCCUUCCCCUGCGCCCACUGCGGCGACGGCUUCUGCCCCAAGGUGCCCCUGCUGCGGCCCCCCGAGGCGCCCGCCGCGCCCUUUGCCCCCGGCCCCCCCGUCCUGGGGCCCCUGGGGGCGCAGCCGGGGCCGGGGGAAGCCGUGCUCUCCCCGGAAAAGCCCUUCAUCUGCAAUCAGUGCGGGAACAGCUUCGGGCUCUGGCUCGCCCUCGUCGCCCACCAGAAGAGCCACGCGGGGCACAAGCCGUGCCCCGGCGCUCCCCCCGCGGAGCCGGGCGCCGAGCAGCCCCCCGGGUCCCCCCCGGCGCGGGCGGGCGAGGGCCGGCCCUGGCCGUGCCCCGAGUGCGGGCGGGGCCUGGCGCAGUGCGAGCGGCUGCCGCGGCACGGGCACGGCCCCGGCGGGCGCGGCCCCUUCCGCUGCGACACCUGCGGCAAGCGCUUCAGCCUCAAAACCAACCUGGCCACCCACCAGCGCAUCCACACAGGUGAGCGGCCCUUCACCUGCGGCGUCUGCGGCCGCCGCUUCAACCAGAAGGGCAACCUGGUGACGCACUACCGGGUGCACACGGGCGAGCGCCCCUUCGCCUGCGCCCAGUGCGGGAAGCGCUUCGCGCAGAAGCCCAACCUGCUGGCACACCAGAAGACGCACCUGGGCCGCCAGCCCUUCACCUGCCUCGAGUGCCCCAAGCGCUUCAAGAGCAAACUGUCCCUGCGGGUGCACCAGCGGGUGCACACCGGGACCCCCGGCCCGGCCCCCGGCGCCCUGGACCCCGCCGGGAGCCCCUUCCCCUGCGCGCUCUGCGGGGAGGCCUGUGCGGAGCACGGGGGGCUCCGGCCGGGCCACGGCGGCGGCGAGCGGCCGCACGCCUGCGCCGAGCAGCUGCACACCUGCGCCAAGUGUCCCCACGGCUGCGCCGAGCGUCCCCACGGCUGCGCCGAGCGGCCCCACGGCUGCGCCGAGCGGAUCCACACCUGCGCCGAGCAGCACCACGCCUGCGCCGAGCAGCCCCACGCCUGCACGGAGCAUCCUCGUACCUGCACGGAGCAUCCCCACGCCUGCGUGGAGCAUCCCCACGCCUGCGAGCGACCCCACGCCUGCGGGCAGCCGCAGCCCUGCGCCGAGCGGCCGCUGCCCUGCGCCGAGUGUCCCCACCCCUGCGAGCAGCCCCACGCCUGCACCAAGCGGCCCCACGCGUGUGAGCAGCCCCACGGCUGCGCCGAGCAUCCUCACGCCUGUGCCGAGCGGCCCCACCCCUGCGAGCGGCCCCACGGCUGCGAGCGGCCCCACGGCUGCGCCGAGCAGCCCCACGCGUGCGCCGAGUGUCCCCACGCGUGCGCCGAGUGUCCCCACGGCUGCGCCGAGCGGCCCCACGCGUGCGCCGAGUGCGGGAAGCGGUUCCGGCAGAAGGUGAACCUGGCCGUGCACCUGCGGACGCACACCGGGGAGCGGCCGUUCCGCUGCGCCGACUGCGGCAAGGGCUUCAGCCAGAAGGCUCACCUGCUGCGGCACCGCCGCACCCACGGCGCCGGCCUGGUCCCCCCCUGCGCCGCCGGGGACCCGCUGGGCAAGGGCCCCGAGCCCCCCGCGCUGCUGCUGCCGCCCUGCUCCCGCGGGGCCCCCCCGGCGCGCCCCGACAGCCCCUCGGGCGCCGCCGACAUCCUCCUGCAGCUGAUGCAGGACGAGCCCCCCCCCGGCCCCGGCGCCGCCCCGGCCCCGGUGCCCCCCUGUAAGUGCCCCGGGGGGGGCCCGAGCCCCCGGGCGCCGGGGCUGCCCCCCCCGUGCUGCUGCGCCGCCUGCCUGGCCCCCCGCCCUCCCGAGCCCCCCCGCGGGCAGCUCUGGGCCAAGGCCGGCGGCUGCGCUCGGGCCUUCGAGGAGAAGCGAGUGCCGGGCGCGCCCGAGCGGGAGUGCGGCGAGGAGAAACCGGCCCCGUGUCCCGGCUGCCUGUGAGCCCCGGGACCCGCCCCGGCUGCCUGUGCCCCCCCCCCACGCUGGGACCUGCGCUGAGACCCCCACCCCCCCACCCCCACCAGGACCCCCACCCUGCCCCGGCUGCCUGGGAUCCCCCAAACCGGGACCCCCACCGAGACAUGCCCAGCAAGGAGCGGCCCUGGGCUCCUGCGCUCGCCCACAGUGAGCCUGGAGGGGACGGAGCCGAGGGGACAGAGCCAAGGGGACAGAGCCAAAGGGACAGAGCCAAGGGGACAGAGCCCAGGGGACAGAGCCCAGGGCUUGGUGCCAAGGUGACACCGCCAGCUGCACUCAGCACUGGGACUUGGAGGAGCCUCCAGCCGGGGCUGUGCAGAGCCAGGCUGGGACAUGGCACGCGUCUGGCUUGGGGAGACACCAAAGGGCUGGAGGAGACAGCGCUGGACCCGGAUCUGCGUGUGGGCUCCAGCCACACACACCAGGAAGAGCUGGGCACAGUGGAGUUGCGUCCACUGGAGCCAGACUUGGGACAAGAGAGGCCCUCAAGGGCUCCCUCUGCUUCCAGAACCUUCCAGCCUGUUCCGGACUGGAUGGCUUUCCCUAAGGACACGGCUGGGAUGGGAGUGCUGGGCCCGCCCUGCUGCGGGCUGGCCUCCUGUGGUCCCAGUCCAGCUCCACAUGGAGGAGUUGGGAGCACGCUGGGAAAACAGCCAGGAAAAGGGCCUGGAAGGGCUCAGCUCUGCUUCCAGAAGGGCCCCGGAGACGCCUCCGGUGCCGGGGGGAUGGGGGGCAGCUUGUGCUUCUGCUUGCUCUGGGUAACUGCGCGCUUUGGGACUCAAUAUUCCGGAUUUGGGAUGGGCGAUGCUGGGGUGGCCGCUGGAGCCGGAGCUGGAGUCGUGGUGGUGGGCGCUGUGGGAGGCUCCAGCGGCACAGGGGUGCUUUUCUGGGGUUUGCGUGGCCUCUCCCUGUCCCCUCGGGGUGACAGAGCCGGGGAUCCACGGUCUGGGUCAGCUUCGGCCGCAGACACCGCUGGGAGCUGCCGUUGCUUCAUCCCGAAGGGAAUCGGAUCCUCCGACGGGACCGACACCGGGACAGCCACCCCCGGAGCCCCGGCUGGGCAGGGGGGUCCCACUCCAGUCCCCCUCCCCCAGCUCUGCUCUCUGCAAUUCUAUUUUUUGAGGUUAUUUAAAAUAAAAGCUUCUGAUGGC